GUGGAGUUUCCCUCCGUCUCCUCUGGAACGCCGAAAAUGCGGAUAUUAUUCCUUCUUGAUCUCCCCUCGAGGUCGGUUACCUUUUCUUGCAUCUGGCGUGUCCGUUCCAGCAUUUCCAUCAUCACUUGUCUCGCGUCUACUUUCCACUCCUCCAGCUCUGCUAUGCGCUCCUGAGCCUCGGCCAUUUCCGCCUUCUGUGUCCGUAGCUCGGUUAUGUUGUCUGCUAGCUUGCGCUCAAUUUCUUGUUGAAGAGUCGUGAUUUCUUCUUUCAUUUCUUUUUUCAACUCGUCUUUUAGCGUGAUCAGUUCGUGUCGUAUCUCUUGUUUAAGGUCUUUUAUAUCCUUGCUGAUUGUAGCCAGCCCGACUCGCAGUGUCUCGUUGUGUUCUUGUCCCUCCAUUUUCUCUGCUGCGUCGUCCUCGUGUUCGCUUUCUGAGGUCUCGGGUAGCUUUUCAGUUUCGGGUAGUUUCUCAACUUUUUCUUGUCUCUGAUUAGUGUUUCCUGUUCUUCGGUUGCCUCUCCCACCCAUAAUAUAACUUUCGGUCAUCGAGUUUAAGCCUUAGGGUGGUUUUUUUAUGUCCGACUUGGGAGAGCAGUUAACUAUACGUCUGUUCACUCGGCCAUCUUCCCGGAAGUCGAAAGUUCUGCCGUUGGCCAAACAUCUCCUUGAAAAGCCCGAUAAUAAGCCUGUCACGUCUGAUUUGGAAACAGAUCCUUCAAGAGAAUUGCAAGAUGACCCAAAGAUUGAGUGGAGCAUCGCGCUGACCGCAUCACUAAUCCUUAAACACAUCACGACUUAUUCCAUUAACCUGGUUUGCCGUCCAAACGAGAUCACAUGGGAUUACCUUUCACAGGUGCUGACAUUCGAUGAGGGAGGAGUGAGCGGGCAUGCCAAUCACAUCGCCAUCUACAAAGCACUCGGUCAUCUAGCAUUUGUUGGAAGAAUACCAGAAGGUUGCCAGGUCCUCUCCCUGCAUACGAUUAGCAUCCUCAGGAAGUAUCUGUCCCUCUUUGAGCUGCCAAUCAGCUGGCUCUUACCCUCAUCUUUCUGCUGCAUCAUAGGACCAAACGAAUACAAAAAAGCUAAGGAGGCCAUGUUGCAUCACCGCUCGCAGCUCCUCUGGUUCAGACGCCUGUACAUUCUUUUCUCACGCUACAUGUACAUCAACACCUUCCGAGCUAUGCCCGUGGAGAAAAAGGAUGUGAAGUUCUACUAGACGGAAUGAUCUCUAAUGAAAGAUGAAAGUGACUGUUCAAACUAAUGCACUGGUUUUUUUUUUUUUGGUUUUGGGUUUGUUUGGGUUUUUUUUUACAACUUCAUUCUGAUAAGAAAUGCCUUGCACUCGCGCUGAAAUGAAUAUACUGAAAUUCUGCAUUAUUUUUUAAAAAUGAGUUUAAAAUAAAAUGUUUACAGUUGUUAAAUGUUCUGUUUUGUUAAUCUACUACUUUGCCACUCUCACACUUCACAAGUCAAUUAUUCUUGGACUUUCAACACGACGUAACCUGUUCCGUGGAACAUAGUCAAAGUCUAAAACAUUACUGAAACAUUUCAUUCUGUUUUGCAUGAAAUGUUUCCUAAAACCACGUGUGUGUGUGUCCAGAUGUGUGGUGUGAAAGCAACUUAAGACUGUUCUGUUUUUAGUCUACUGUAGACAAGAAUAAGACUUUCUGGACUGUACCAGUUAACUUUAUAUACCUGAUAUACACUUUGUAAAUAGUUUGUGUCAAUGUUAUUUCAUGUUAUUCCAACAAUUUAAGAAUAAAAGUCCAGAUGAGCAUGGGGCUCAGCCAA